CUGCGUGCACAAACGGAUGCAGUGAGGAGAAUGUUAGUUAGAUAAGUUAAAAAAAAUUGUGAAAAAUAGUGCUUUACAAUCGGCACACGGGUGCACACGAACCGUUCCCCACCGUGCCGUUCAAUUCGCUUGCCACGCAUUUACGCAGCACAUUUCGCGGGUCCUUCGUGUGAACGGUGGCUUCGAGGGUGAAUUCGUGGCACUUUUCUCUCCGCGAUCCGUGAUCCAUCCUAGCAAGCCACAAACCCUAUGCUGCUGUUGCUGCUGCUCUCGUUCGACCGUUUUGUGACCACCACCGUGUUUCGUGUCCAGGAAGAUUCGUAGAGAUCAUUUGUUAACCCGCAACCCACGGCCUGUGAAAUGUCUUCCCCGUUUAGCUCAUCGUCGGAGUACAACAGUGCGCUAGAUACGACGCUCAACUCCACGCUCGACUCGAGCAAACUGGACAACUCGGACAAUGAGAGCGAAGAUGUAAGCCUUCUCACCAGCGACUGGAACGAUACGCUCCGUGCACGGCAGAGCAAAAAUGUGAAAGAUUCCACCCGUCAGCUCCUGGACAGUCUGCGUAACAAUAACCUGAACCAGCCACAGUCACAGCAGACAGCCGGAAGUGGAAGCAUCGGGGAUGGUAGCAGUAACAACAACGCGAGCAACACUACCCUGAACACUACGGCCAGCACGUUAAGCCUCGAUCUGAGUGCCUCCGAUACGGCGAACAAUGUGACCCUUUCGUUCGUCAGCUCCUCGGAGGAAGAGGACACCGAACCACCGGCAGGUGUGAAACCGCGCCCGAGUCCAGCGGACGGCGUUAGCAUCAACAUGUCCCAGUCCUCGGACACAUCCGACACGGUGACGACGGCUGGUGGAGAGCGGGAUUCUCGGGAUACGACGGCCAACGUGUCGCUGAUACCGAUCGAGAGCACCACCAGCGGCGGUGGCGGCGAUCCAUUGAUUCCCGUGUACGGGUCACUGGAGGAGUUUGACCGGCAUCUGCCCGAGACGGUCACCAUACUGACGAGCCCGGACGGUGCCAAGGUGUAUCUGGUCGGGACGGCACAUUUCAGCGAAAGCUCGCAGCGGGACGUGUCGCUGGUGAUGCGGAACGUGCAACCGAACGUGGUCAUGCUGGAGCUGUGCCCGUCGCGCGUCCACAUACUGCGCCACGACGAGCAGACACUGCUGGAGGAGGCGAAAAAUAUGAACCUGGCCAAAAUGCGCACCAUCAUCCAGACGAACGGGUCGAUCAACGGGCUGUUCUACAUUCUGCUGCUGAGCAUGAACGCAAAGUUUACGAAAAAACUAGGCAUGGCACCGGGCGGUGAGUUCCGGUGUGCCGUCCGGGAGGCGCAACGCAUUCCGAACUGCGUCAUCCAGCUCGGUGACCGGCAGAUCAAGGUGACGCUGCAGCGUGCCCUGCGCGGACUGUCGGUGUGGCAGACGAUCAAGCUGAUCCCGAAGCUCCUGUUCAUGGACGACAUCACACCGGAGGAGGUGGAGCAGUGCAAGAAGAAGGAUCUGCUCGAGGAGAUCAUGCUCGAGAUGGCGGAAGAGUUCCCGGCGUUCGGGCGCGUAUUCAUCGAGGAGCGUGAUCUCUACCUCUGCCACUCGCUGCAGAUGGCCGCGAUGCCGAUCCGGCAUGCCGACGGCACGCUGGAACCGGUCCGUGUGGUGGCCGUCGUUGGCAUCGGACACGCGGCCGGUAUUGCCAAACACUGGGGAAAGGUGAGCGCGGAAAGUAUCCACGCGAUCGCACACAUUCCGCCGGCCAGCUUUGGCCACCGCGUGCUCAAGUACACCGUCAAGUACGGAAUGCUCGGACUGGCCGCUUACGGUGUUUUCCGGUUUGCGAGGGCACGAUUCGCGUGAUCGUAAUCCCCGGAUCAUGCGGCUGUACAGUGGAACGAGCGAGAAUAGAUCAAAAU